AUGCCAUCUUUGAUCUUGAAACCUCUUCUUCCGCGAACAGAAUCCUACUUGGUGCCCAUACAGCUCCCCGUCACCCCUUCGGUCUAUCUGCCGUCCUCGUCUGCUCCCUUUCCCCCGACCUGCUCCCAGCAGAAACAGAACAAUUCACGAGGAGCCAAGAGAGUCCGCAUAGCUCCUAAGGUAGCUAUGCUGGACGGCCACAAGCACGGGCAGGAAAGCCCUGACAGGGAGUUCUCUUUCAAAACCCCAAUAAAAAGUAACAGCCAUUUGACCUCAUCCACCCCCAGCAAGCCCCCUUCUAAUGGUGCACUUGAGUCUUGGAAAGUCACACCAGUGGCCAAAGGUAGCCAAAAUAUUCUGGACUUCAGCCCUAUUCGUACACCAGGUGGUCCCACAGUCAACCCACGACACGACUACUCCACCUUCAGCUUCAGCAGCACUCCCUUUAAAGACUUGCUUCUGUUUAACUCCCCAAGAGAGCUGCUCACAUCCGCUCCCUCCAGAGUGACCAGACCAGCAGAGUUGCCCAGCGAAUGCCUCAGAAGUAGCUGUUUCAGAGAGCUGCUGCAGGCAGGAGGCACCACGCCAGCCAACCGCUCAGUCACAGAGGGCCUUGUCCUGGAUACCAUGAACGACAGCCUGAGCAAGAUAUUGGUGGACAUUAGCUUCUCUGGUCUGGAUGAUGAUGACCUCGACAUGGCAAACAUCAGCUGGUCUGAGUUCAUCCCUCUGUUGAAGUAG